CGCCCGCUGAGCUCGCCCAGGCUGUGCCCCGGUCCCGCCCAUCAUGAGGAGCGCGCGCCCCCUGGUCCUUUUCUCCCUGGCUGUUCUAUGCGGGCUCGGGGACUGCCGCCGGGCCAACGCCGAAGAGAAGCUCAUGAACGACCUGCUCAACAAAACUCGCUACAACAACCUGAUCCGCCCGGCCACCAGCAACUCCCAGCUCAUCUCCAUCCAGCUGCAGCUCUCCCUGGCGCAGCUCAUCAGCGUGAAUGAGCGGGAGCAGUUCAUGACCACCAACGUCUGGCUGAAACAGGAAUGGACCGACUACCGCCUGGCGUGGAACAGCUCCCGCUAUGAGGGCGUGAACAUCCUGAGGAUCCCAGCCAAGCGCCUCUGGCUGCCUGACAUCGUGCUUUACAACAAUGCGGAUGGGUCCUACGAGGUGUCCAUCUACACCAACGUGGUGGUCCGCUCCAAUGGCAGUGCCAUGUGGUUGCCGCCCGCCAUCUACAAGAGCGCCUGCAAGAUCGAGGUGAAGCACUUCCCCUUUGACCAGCAGAACUGCACCCUCAAGUUCCGCUCCUGGACCUACGACCACACGGAGAUCGACAUGGUACUCAAGUCACCCACAGCCAGCAUGGACGACUUCACACCCAGCGGCGAGUGGGACAUUGUGGCACUCCCGGGACGGAGGACGGUGAACCCGCAGGACCCCCGCUAUGUGGACGUCACCUACGACUUCGUGAUCAAGCGCAAGCCGCUCUUCUACACCAUCAACCUCAUCAUCCCCUGCGUGCUCAUCACCUCGCUGGCCAUCCUGGUCUUCUACCUGCCCUCUGACUGCGGCGAGAAGAUGACGCUCUGCAUCUCCGUGCUGCUGGCGCUCACCGUCUUCCUGCUGCUCAUCUCCAAGAUCGUGCCGCCCACCUCGCUGGACGUGCCGCUCAUCGGCAAGUACCUCAUGUUCACCAUGGUGCUGGUCACCUUCUCCAUCGUCACCACCGUGUGCGUGCUCAACGUGCACCACCGCUCACCCAGCACACACAGCAUGCCUCCCUGGGUCCAGCACUACUUCCUGCACCAGCUGCCCACGUUCCUCUUCAUGAAGCGCCCAGGUGGCAGCCCCCCAGGCGGCCCCCAGCCAGGCCAGAUCCUCCUGGCCAAGGCUGAGACCGGUGGCCCCACCAGCUCCCCCCACCUCUAUGGCAACUCCAUGUUCUUUGUGAAUCCUGCCUCUGCGGCCCCCAAAUCUCCAACAGGCUCGGCCACUGUGGGGCUCCCGGGGGACCACCGGCUCCCAUCGUCUGGGCAAUUCCAGGAGGAGCUGCAGGAGGCUUUGGAGGGCGUCAACUUCAUUGCCCAGCACAUGCGGAGCGACGACCAAGACCAGAGCGUGGUCGAAGACUGGAAGUACGUGGCCAUGGUUGUCGACCGGCUCUUCCUCUGGGUGUUCGUGGUGGUGUGUGUGCUCGGCACUGGGGGACUCUUCCUGCCCCCCCUCUUCCAGACCCACAUACCUCCCGAGGGACCCUAG